AUGUUUGGGAUACUGAAGACGAAAGCUGAAAACCGAAAGGCCGUAAAACCAAGUUUGUUUAAAUAUAUCAAAUUAUGCAAAUUACCUAGAAAUAACCGCAGCACCGGCUUGAAGGUACCGUAAUAAAAUUUUUGCAUGCGAUGAAGUUAAUUGGACUUUAAUAUUGAACAGUUUGUUCCUAGUAUAUUUUUUUAUAAUAUAUUUAAUAUUCUCGCUUUCUAUUUAGCUGUCAAUUAUUUAAUUUUUUAGUUUUUUGAAAACAAUAACUUAUCUGAGUCAAUGCAUUUAGUUAUAAGAGAGAAUGGCCAAAAGUCGCUGUUUCGCACUGAAUUUCUGCAAAAGCAUUUCACUUUACACAACAUCAAUUAUCUUCUGCUUGUAUGGUUGUAAAAGCCAUCUUUGUUUUGAUCUUAGCCUAUUUGCCUCACUGAGUCGGCUUUAUUGGUUUCGGAGACACUAAUUAGCCCUACGCACCGAUCCGCGAAAAACGCGCUGUGAAAUCUAUCCCACGUUUAGCGACCACUACUCGCCAGAAUCCUUAGUUUACUUUCAUGUCGAGGUUAUGCAUGUACACAAUAGUGGAGACGAUAUAUCGUCUCCAAUUAUUACGUUAUACCGGAAUUUUAAAAAUAGUUAAUCUAUAGACAGUUGAAAAGAUAUGUGCUCAAAUCAGCAUUUUUGUCGCAUCAAUAUGGCCCUUGAAAUUUCCGCAACGCUGUUGUAAUAGUCCCGAAUUCUCUCAUUAGAAAGAGUGCAAUUGUCAAUGCUAGGAAACUACAUAGCCUCUAUUAAGUCACUGAAGGGAAUUAUUUUACAACCAUUUAGGGAUUUCUUGACUUUGACAGGCGAAAUCAUAUGGGACUGUCGUCCAUGAGCGCACAAGUUGUAAUUGGAAACCAUGCGCAUAGAUAAAGUGUUUGACACACUCUUUCAUCAAGCCAAACAUCAACAGAAUACGAGCUGCUUUGAAGAAGAGCUGUGAUAAUUAUUUCGUGUGCACAUUUUCUACGAUCUCACUGAAUCCCUGCAAUAAUUGCAGAUUACCCAGAAGCAUAAACACUUUUCAAGUUGUAAAUUAUGAAGAAGUUGCAAGGUUUAAGUGCGUUAUGUCACUGCGAAAAAGUACCGAGUAAUAAUGCUCCUUCUCCCAAUCGUUGUUGCAACUUCAUUUAAGUGACUUUUUGAAAUCAAACGCCCGUCAAAGUAUUUUUGUAGAUCUCACAUGAUUUUCAGCCUCCAAGGUAGGUAGCUUGGAAUAAAAUAGACAUCUAAUUCUGACCGUCUCAUAGCUCUUGCAUACGUCAGCGAUGCUGACCUUGUUUGCGAACAGUAGUCUGCUUGGCAGGCGAUAGCCAUAUUAUUACUAGAUUGUGCUAAUUUUUCUUUCUGUGGUUAACUGCAUACCAAGAGGUGUUUACCGCACGAUUGAGCCCCUGCGUUCUCGUGCGAUGUCUAGUUCGUUAGGUAUGACGAUAAGUCACAAAGGCCUGUGGCUGCUAAAGCUUUGUAAUAAAAAAUCUGUUGGCGUCAAAUAUUUUUCGGAAAUAGUGUGAAUAAACUUCGAUUGGAUAACUGUCUGGAAUACUCUGCGUUUUAGAGCGCUUGGAAAAUAUAUGAGACCGACCUACUGAACAUUAGUCAAAACUGAAGGCAUGAAGACUGUCUUACCAAAUCAUUAUGCUGUCAUGAUUAGGCUACAGGUUUUCAUAUACCCAGUUUGGUAUUUAUAUUCAAAAAAGACCCAGACAACUUUCGAUCUUAGAAUUGUUAACGGAUGAAGGAAAUUGUGUAGCAGUAAAUUUUGACCAGACAGGCACCAAAAUUACAUCACGCCUGUAAAAUCAUCUCCCUGCAGCGUCAGCAAGUUACUCAGAUAGGUACGUCUUGGACACUUUUGUAUUUCGAAAUCCGAGAAAUCCGAUUGUUAAACUCCGAUACUUUCCCGGCACAGCCGCCGAGUUGCAGUGUUGGCAUGAGACUCACCUUCGGCGAAAAGAGGAGAUCGUUCACUACUUUCAGCGUUGUGAUUUACGUUAUGCUUUAUGUCACCGUCGGCAUUUGUGAUAAUGAUACUCUCAAAACCACGUUUAAAUCUAGCCAGUAGCACUUGACUGGACAAACCCAGACCUCCUAAGUGAGGUUUUGAGGUUUGACCGAAAGACAGACCAUUGAUCGGAGCCGUCUCCAGUAUUUUCAAUAAACUGGUAGAGACCUAAUGCCUUUAGUUCCCGAGACGACCAGUAAAUCACUUGGCCAUCGCAAAGGAAUGUCAGCAAAAGUACAAAGUAAUCAUAUAAGCGAAACUGGUAUACAAAGUGAGGAAAAACAUGCAGUGACACACCUAAAUCAACGAAACGCCAGAUGGAGGGGGAAGGAGGGCGGGGAUCUAGGCAUUAAACGCAGCACAUUUCUGUCGAAGUACUUUCGAUAAGAAUUACUUUGUUAGAAAUACUUUCAGACAACAUAACUAUAACGAUGGCUCAAACUACCGCGCUUUCUGUCGGACGCGAGCAUUACUCACACACGCUCUUUGGACCCUAACUGAAGUAAGUGAAUACGUGGCUAGGACGUAUUCAAAGCCGCCAGCUGUCAUUUCGCGCCGAUUGUAUUUUGAAUUAUCUUUAGACCGUAGACGUUCGUUGAGUCUGGCGCAGUUGGGGACAAAACGGCUAGAUUGUAAAAACAGGAGGAUUACGGUGGAUGUGGACAACCAAACACGCACUGGAAGUGGGGUGGCAAAAUGAUAACUCCCAGGUCGAGGUCAAUUUGACGGGACUUAGUUAAACUGUCGAUUUGGGUGGGGCUGAAAGUCGCGCAGGCGAUGGCGACAUUGUGAAUCGGCGAUUGCUUGAGUCAUCGACCCCUGACCCACCGUCUAUCAACAAACGCAACUAUAUGGCAAAUCCCACUAGAUUCUAGGCGUUUUGCAUUAACAGAGUUACUAGUUACGCGUAGGCGCGAGGGUAGUCAUUGCAUCUACUGCUAGGUACUUAUUAUGACAUUCAUCUGCAUUGAUGGUGAUACCGAAACGCUCGACGAAUUGGAUGCGGACAGCAAAGUUUUAAUCAUAUAAAGUGUGAAACAUUGCAAGAGAUGCGUGAGACACCAAUUAAGUAGAGAAGUUUUUAAAACAACAACACUCCUCGGAAAUGCGUCAGGCUGUACCUGGUAAUGGGUUCCAGAGUGAAUCCGAAAUGACCGGCGAUCCAAUCCCCUCCUCGAACGCACGAAUAUGCAACCAAGGUAACGACUCUCAAAAUGACCCACGAGGCAGUAUGAUAAAUGCUAGCUUCCAGAAAUAAAACCAUGUUCCGGAAUAGGUAGUGCCUUCUUGCGCUUUCAGAUAAUCUGUUCCUUAUAAUGACUCAGUCGAGCAGCAACAAUUUCUUCUCAACUGGACAAACAGGACGAAACCAGCGUGGAAGCUAUCUAAAUGUGCUUACUCUUGUGUUUUUUAUUUCAACUUUUAGCUAGGGUUCACUUCCCAGGCCCUGACAAUGGGUGCCGACUACUAUUAUCUUUUGGCCAUUAACGCUGAUGCAACGCAGGAUGAGAUUCACAGGGCGUAUGUUCCUUUUCGGUCGAAUAACUUCUUCUAGAUACCGACGAUUGGCCCUGAAGUACCACCCUCAACGCAAUCGAGGAAAACCAGACACAUAUGAGAAGUUCUUUUGGAUCUCAGAGGCCUAUGAAGUGUUGAUUGACCCUCAACUUCGGGCUAGGUAUGACCAGUACGGUGAAGAAGGCCUCAAACAUGGUGCACCAUUUCAGACCUGCAUGCCUGAAAAGUAUGCCUACCACGGCGAUCCCUAUAGGACAUUUCAAAACUACUUUGGUGGCACAAAUCCAUUCCGAGGUAAGUUGUGGGUUUUGUGAUAGAAGCCGAACUCUGAGAGCUUGAGCAUGAAGUCGAUUUUGUUUCCCAGACAUUUGAACUGCACAUAUUCGGGUGUUAAUAAAAGUGGUUAAAUCGACAGCCUGCUACAAUAAUAAGGGUUGUACUGACAGCACAAGGCAGAGAGUGAUCGAUAUGCGGAGGGCGUAGACGUUCGUUGCGGUUGUAGGCUAUGGCCUGUCGGUAGCUUCUUCAACCAGGUCCGCCUUCUGCAGUAACUGUUACUGAGGAUUCAAAUUUGGUUUCUUAGCAAAGCGCAGUGCUUCAGCGAACAGUUGUUGAUUCUGUAAAGCGCUACACCUCUCUACGGGGGCGUCAAUCGCAUUAUACACCUUGCCAUCUCAAUCUCUGUUACUGUUACGCCUUUCCUCUUCGAGAUGUGACCGAAAAACCUGGGAAACCUGGUUCACCGCCAGACUGAUGUCGGAUCCGUAAACCAGAACCAAAUAAUUUUUUCCUCAAAUCCGGCACUUGAGUGUCCUAAAAGAGGUGACUCGUCCUGGUGAUGUAUAGAGUUCCGGCACCAAAAGCAACGGGCCUGUCCGCUACUUUGUCUUUGCGUGUUCCUUACUUCGUUUUCAUCACCACUUUUAUCAAUGUACUAUAAAUUACAUGAGCUGAACUCAUGACCUACAGCAUUACACCUCACGAUAGGAAGGCUGUUGCCCUGAUAAUUUUCAAACGGGUUAUUCCUCAGAUCUUUCGCCGAUAACCAUUCCUACUAACUCUAAAUGUUACCGAUGUAUGGUGACGGCGCUUGCACCUCCGUUCAUCCGACUUUGGUUUUUCGAACAGCCUGAGUUAUGCAACAGAGUUGUCAUGCUAACAGUUUAUCGCGGCCACAGUGACGUCUGGUUUGCUGAAGCGUGUCCAAAUUCUUUGGUUGGGGUUUCGUAAUAAGAUGCAUUUAUGCCAUUGUGACUAAUUUCUAUUUAGAUAGACAGGGAUUCCGGAAGCCAGUAGAUUAUGGUGAAACAGGCUGUGAGGUAGCAAACAUGACUUGUGCGUAAUGCCAAAGUGGCUGGCUUCAGUCGACCUCCUUUCGCUGACGUAAUUAAACAAAAGCACUACUUAUAAAACGCCAGUAAGAAAAGCAGUUUGCAUAAAGGUUUAGGCGAGUUUUUUACAAUCCGCGAUAGUGGUCGUCAUAAAGAAGAAAAUUUGCUUGGUCUGGUAGCAAUUUCCUUGCUUUAUUGGGAGGACGACAACAGGAAUGUAAUCCAAAAAAUAAAUAUGUUUUUAAUUUUUCAGAAUUUCCACAAGAAAUGGAAAUUGAGCAGAUGGAGAACUUUGGCCGCAAGGAUGGACGCGGCCAACCAAAGAAGGGUGACCCGACAAUUUGCGAUCUCCUGCUGACCCUCGAAGAAAUUUACAAUGGAUGCAUCAAAAAGAUGACUAUAACACGCAGGGUGAGUUAAAUGGUACUUAAAUUUGCAAAGUCGAGACUGAAAUUGCAGUAAUAACUGAAGUAAUUUUAUCUCGCAUGAGUGGUGAAACGAUAUAAGCACUUGCGAUGUGUAUAUUUGCUUGAUAAAUUCACUGGGUUUACUCUGUCAACUUUAAGUGGCUGACGGGUUAAAUGUAGCAUUGUGGGGGUAACCGUCCUUUCAGCGAACGCCAAGCCAAUGGUGAUAACUUAAAUAUGAGCUUGGAGAGAAUUCAGACCGCGUAUUUCAAAUCUGAAGGGAGUAGUUAGUGAUUUCAUCCUGAAAGGAAGGCACAAGGGAGUGAAACAAUCCAUAAAUAGUGUUUUGGUCCGGUGCAUAACUUCAUCCUUCACAACAGCUUGGUCGGGCCAGGCGUCAUAUGCUCCUGCUUCAGUCAAGGCGUUCAUCUAACCCCAUUGAUGAGACAUGGGAGUAGGAACCGCUGCAAAACAGGGGGCUUUGGGGCAAUAUUCGAGAGCUGGCAAGUAUUCCCGUGUGCAAAAUUUACUCCUGACUCUAUUCCUAUCUAAAACCUGGUAGGAUGUGGUUAUGUAGCUACACCUGAAAGACACAGUACUGUUGACCUACCUAAUUAUUUUGAGCUGGUGUGAUUACGUUGGUAUGGCGUUUCCGCGCUUUGCAGUGUGUGUUCUUUUAGCGUCCUUGCGUCUUUGUUGCCGUGUCUACCCUUUUUGACCCAAUGCAGGUGGUUCUUGUUGACUUUCGGCCUGUCGUCUCCUUCUGACUUUCGCGUUGGCUGUUUCAAGGUUAGGAUCUACGGCUGCGGUCAAUGAUUAGGGUUGGGGUUAGAAUUAGGGGUUCAGGUUUAAGGUAAGGAUUAGGGAUGAGGGUUGGCGGUUAAGGAUAGGGGUCAGGGCAACUAUUUCUCAACCGCUUAAAUAACAACAAUGCAUACCCAAUAGUUUUCUUUUUGCAUGCAAUAAAUUGACCUCGUCGCCUGUGCGUUCCCCGGCCCCAGCUGUAAAAACUCCUAUUACCACCGGUCCCAUAUUAUAGAUGACUGGGGUUUAUUAACCUCAGGUACGGCUAAAUGAGCACAUCUGAUCCAAAAGUUUAACCGUGGCCGUAACCCUAACCCCGACCUUCACAUUAAACCUAAUUUCUUUGGAAAUUUUCGUAAAUUCAUCGAAAUAUGGAAGGUUCCUAUCCCUAUGCCUUGCCGGUCUUGCCAGAGAGAAUAUCUCAACGAAUGAAACCUAAAAGGCUUCUGCCGGAACUUCGGGCCAUCGAUCCGGAUUCCAGAGCUAACUGGUGCAUAGUCUAAAAACACAAAAAAUGGGUCUUCUGCCGAACAUGCACAUUUGCCUAUUUUUAUGCACACUCUGAAUCCCCAACUGACACGAAGGCGACUUCACUGGAAUGCAUCCUAACUAACAGAGAAUGUCUGAUCGUCUUUUUACUCUGACAUAGCAGCUGCUUUCGAGUAGGCAUUUAAAUAAACGUACUACUUUGGAACCAUGCAGUCGGCAUAUUUAAACCCGUUUCUUGCACGCCCGGUCACAACGCAUGGACAACCGAGGAUGCGUCUACUACGUGAAUUUAGUCAACGAGGAGAAUAACAGGAAUUUUGCUGCAACCACUGUGAGGAAGAGUAUGGCCGCAAAAGAGGUCAGUUAUCCAGACGGACUUCCCUAGGUGCGAAGAAGAGUCAUUUUAGUGUGGCACUAGCGCCCAACACCUUUUUCCGGACGCAGCCAUUAAUAAGUAAUGCAAAGGUGAGGGAGAGAGAGGAGAAGAGACUUAUUUGUCACUUGAUAUGUUCAUUUCCUCAUGCAAGCCAAUGUCCAAAAUACGUUUUGCUCCUCGGUUAUUGAUGAACAAGUGGGUGGCAGUAUGAUGCUAAAAAGAUGCACUGAGGUUGGCUUACCCAGGACCUUCGCUAACGUUAAGAAACCAGUGCCUAUGGAGCACAGAGGUUUAGCAUUGUAGCGUUAGAAGACACUAUACUAGCAGCGCAGGUGCAAGCUAGACCUCAGUGCAGACUGAUUUACUACAAGUUAGCAGUACAUUUCUGAGGAGAUUAAAAAGCAACAAUUUUUAGAUGGGAGUAUCUACCAGAAAACACACACAGGAAGGCUGGGGGACUCACUGAAGAACUGAAGUCCUCGCGGCUGUUCCAUGCAGCGGCAGAAUAUCGACGAAACACGCGCGUCUGGGCUUUUAGCUAUUAUCUGUGCUCUUAGUAUGGUAUCUCAUACGAAUAUACUACUAACUGCCUCUAGGCGGUUGAAGAAUAUUAAGCGGCUAUCCCGCUGUGGCUGAUGGACUUCGGCCCUGAUAUUCGUACAUCAAAUUUCGAUCUACGCAUACAGACCUUAGUUUAAACUGAUAUACCUCAAGUUAGCAGUUAAUUCCCGAGGAAGAAAAAAAGCAACAAUUUAACAUUCAUACUUUGUCCAGGCACAAACUCGAGUCCACCUGGCAGACAAAAGGUUUAUUUCCCCCACAGACUGAUGGUACUAAACUAAAUGAGCCGAUUUGGAACGGAGACCGCAAGGUACUGGUUCAAAAUAUCCCUGGACGUCACUUUUGGCAACGAAAGGAAACCUUUUGUCAAACCUAUCACGAGACACUGUCUGUGGCCCUCAACUGCCUCAUCUCUCCCCAACCGUUCUCAGUUACUACCACCGCAAAUCUGUGCACUACCGACCUCUCGAAUCAGAUUUGGAGUAUUCAUAUCAAAAUUUGACAUCUUCCUAGAAUUGUGCCGCGAUUUUUGACGGUCGUCAGCGUGCAGGAAAUGUUGUUAGGUGUGGAGAAAGUGUUUCAAUGCACAAUUUUCAAACCUAAUGCAAACGGUUUUAUCCUCAUUCACACGAAGGAGAGACCCAAACCAGCUUGUAGGAUUUACAGAUAUCACCCACUCCCCAUCGGACUGCAUAAGUAGUAAAGUGUGAUAACUGUGUUAUGUUGUUCACCGGCCCUGAUCAGAUUGCGUAGAAGAACUCAGUACUAUAGCAUGACACCAAGACGAAGUCAGUAAUCGUGCUUGAUAGUGACUGAUUCUACCUAACUAAUCCUCGAAGGCCGUGUCAGUAGGUUUAGAGUGGAAUAUCAUUCCACUGCAUAACAAUACCAUCUCUCGGAAAAAAUGUGGUUUUGUUUGUGAAAUGCCAACAACCGCAAAUAAGCUGAAAGUAGGCAUGCUAAUCUCCCGCUAGUUUUUUUUAACAAAUCUGUCAGUUAUUGUUUAAAACAGUUGUUAGAGUCGCUCUUCUCUCCUUACGGGGCACAGAGACUAGACGGAUUGUUGGCAAAAAAACUGCCCAGAAUAAAUUUAGAAAGAGUUAUGCGCAGAAAGUCUCGUGCAAUGCACUCAUCGAUGCCAGCAGCUGCGCAGUAUAUAUAUGUCCGUCAAACUAUUAGCUUAUUUUCAUGAACGCCAUCAUCAUCAUCAUCAUCAUCACCAUCAUCAUCAUCAUCAUCAUCAUCAUCAUCAUCAUCAUCAAUUAUCACCGCCCAUUGCCGCGGCCACCACUGGCACCAUAACCGUCCUCAGUAUUACUAAUGUCUCUCAGGCAAAGCAAGGCUUAGGUUUCGCACACAAGACUUCUAUACAUAUAUUUGGAGAUUUUUCGUGUUAUUCGGGAAGGGCCGCUCAGGUCACUUUCAUAUACCUCUACAAGGCAAACAAAAGUCGUCAUUUGGAAUUAACCCAAUCGUAUUAUCGUUUUAUUUCGAAUGCAAGUUAAGAUAAAAUUCAUUACAAAAAUUCGGACUUCGUAAGCGGAAUGAUUGCGGCCUGUUUUUCAACCUUUAACAAACACGAGGUUCGUUUAUGAGUUUAUUUUCCAAACUGCAACAACAUCCGACGUGUUAAGCAACACAGAGGCCAUCUAAUUAGUUGAAAUUUGACCGAUUUAACCGACUAGCAAGCGCUCGUUGAAACCAGUUUGGCAUUCUGCGUCAAAACAGUAAGGCUAUCAUGAUUGUUUGAGUAACUAAUCCAGCCCCCUUCAUUGGGUUUUAAGACAACAUACUGUCAAAUAGUAUAGUAGCCCAACGGCUUUUACCCAUGAACUAAUCGCCUUUACCCAUCUUAGCUUGAAAAAAGGGCCUUAUAUAAUGCAGACAAUAGAAUUAUGGGUGCAGAAUGUUCGUAGAUAAACUUUUUCACAUAAAACGCCGGCGAAUGUAUUAACUCUCAAGUACAGACCAUUUCAUGGGACCUCGUCUCGAUGCUAGCUGUGACCUCACUCUCGAACGAAAGAAUCAUCACCUCCAAAAUCGCAUCAUGAUUCAGAAGGCGUAAAUUACUCGAUGAGGAAUAAAAACAAAGAAUGUUGGUGAUUUGAGUGGUGUGGAUGGGGCGCUGUCUCGUUUGGUGUCGUUUCAGUUUAAUCAGUAAAUGGGGGAGACUUACGCAGCAUCCGCCUCAUUUUAUGGCUCCAGGCGUCGAGACAGUGACAAAACAAUCGAAGCUUGACUCGGGCGCAGUGACUGAGACAGCUUAACCGCUCGCUCGUGUGUGUCAUAUUCAUGAUUUGGUUCCGAUCAAAUGCACCCGGCUGGCUCAGAGGUCACACGGAUGGAAAUGUCAUGAAGGUCCCAUUGUUAGGGAGACACUGCAAUGUGACUCUUAGUCUUGAGGAAACCCGCGUUACGAUGAUAGAGGCACAAUCGGUGAAACAGGAGCUUUAUUGGCCUGCUGUUUCGGAUUCCCUAUCAAAUCCAUCAUCAAAGACAGAGGCAGAUAAGGGUGGUAAAUUGCCCAGAUGUUGCAGUAUUUAUAGGAUGUAUUUGCUUGGCUGAUAAAUCUCUAUCACAGUUGCCAGCUCCCGAAUGCAGCACGGUCCGACUGGCCGGGUGUUGAAGCAUGCAGUUGCCAUGCCGUUGCUACGCCCAUGUGAGGCGGUCAAGAUUAUCGGCCUCCACGCUCAUCGCACUCAGUCGAUAAUCUCGACCAGUACAUGAGCGUAUAGCAACGGCAUGACGACUGCAUACUUUAACACCUGACCAGUCGAACCGUGAUUCACUCGGGAAAUGCCAACUGUGAUAGGCAUGUGGCAGCCUAGCAACCACAUCCUAUAAAUAUUGCAACAGCUGGACAAUCCGCUACCCUUCGCUGGCUCUGUCUCUGAUAAUGAAUUCAAGGGAGAAUGCAAAACGCCAGGCUAAUAAAGUUCUUGUUCCAGCGAUCGUGUCCCUCUCUCCGCGACUAUUACCUGAAACUUGCGUCUUCGCUUAUAUUAGCAAGGAUCGGUUUGUUCUGUCUGGCGGCUUUUCGUGCUGCGACCGAUGGCGCGUCGUAAUGACUUCAAGUGGCUCACACUUACUGCUGUGAGGAAGGUGAUGAUGCGCCGUGGGAGGGGAUCCUCAGAAGUCGGCCUUAAUCUCUCUUCCCCCCCCCUCCCUUAUCGUGCACUGACCGACUGUCCUAGCCUAUCAACCAGCUGGACACACGUGGGAUGUGUCCCGGCUCAACAACGACCGCGAAGAUAAAAUGUCUGGCUGUUGGACUGUAUGGAAUCACGUGUGACGUUCCGUCAUGGGGUUGGAUUCCUGCAGUGGAUAACCGCUGAGACAAGUGGUUCGCGCGCGGAAAUGUCCUGGACAGAUGACAUGCGCAUAUGCGCGAAUCCUCCAUUAAUUAGCAGUAUUUUUACGUAUUUUAAACCGGGGAUUUUAUCCCCUGUGGACGAAUAAGCGCUCGUUAGCGGUCAACAUUGAAAAGAGGAAGGUAUAUUACUUCUUUCCACAAACUCGCAUCCAAAGCCCCGACAAGUGCUGAUAGACGAGGACAGGAGUGAAAACAUGUGCAUGACUAAAAGCGCGUUGGCCAACAUGAGGAUGACUUGUUUCUAAUUCAAAGACGAGGACUAAUCGGUCAGCGGUGCAGUUGUUGCGUUCGGCGGUGCGUCCGAAACCGUUCGGGGGUUCAUUAACAGAGAACACAUAAGGACGAUAACAAACGCACAGCCUUUCUGAUUUAUCAGCUCGAAAAUUGGGAAACUCAACCGAGCUGUUCAGAAGGUUGAUUGUCCUCACCGAAAGCUCAUCCUCUACACUAUAUGGACUCGACUUCGAAAGAACACAGAUAGAUGACGUAGGUUACCAACAAGACGGGGUGAAGGCUUCUGGCGGCCUGGGUAUCUGACAGCAAUUUUGCGGACUGGCGUAUCGAUCUCUCCCCACGCAUCACUCACUGCGCGCGCACUGUCAAAUGCCGCGAAACCCUUCUCGGCCAAGACGGCACACUGUCACGUGCGUCGGCGACAUCAAAAAACACAAAAACGUUCGUUACUGUUACAUGGCCGGUGGUGCCGUAGAGACGGCAUAGAGACUAUUUCUUCGCUAACCACCGACGUCACCAUGUCUCCACAAGGGAAACCUUGAAGACAUUACCAAAGUUUCUGGGUUCCAGGUGAUGAGCCCUACAACAUGACUUUUCAGAAAGAUAAUUGUCAUCAGUACAAUUUCAAGGUCAGAUGUAGUUAUGUAGUCGCACCUGAGGUAAACAAACCCCAACCCCCUGUAAUACGGAAUCGGGGGUAGUAGGGGUUUUUACAGGUGGGGUCGGGGAACGCACAUGCAACGAGGUUAAGUAGUUGUAUGCAAAAGAAAAGCUAUUGGGAAUGCGUGGUUGUACUUCGAGUGGUUGAAAAAUAGGUGCCCUAAAAUAUAACGAUAACCCCUAGCCCUGACUCCUAGCCUCAGCCCUAAACCCUAACCCUGAAACAACCAAUGCGCAAAUUAGAAGGAGACGACAGGCUAAAAGUCAAGAAGAACCACCUGCAUUUGGCCCAAAAGUUAGACACGGCAACAAAGACACAAUCCCCCCAACAGAGCACAAAUCGCAACGCAUAGCAACGCCAUACCAACGUAAUCACAUCAACUCAAAAUAAUUAAGUAGGCCAACAGUACUGUGUCUAUCAGGUGUGGCUACAUAACCCCAUCUUACAAAUUUUAAUAGCUCACUUCACAUAAGGAUCCGCAAUGGUUAUAUGAAUCAAUGGAGAAGGACGCUAACAACAUGACCGACUUCUCAGUCUUCGAAGUCAGGCAUCAUGGCACUGGCUGUUUACCAAACGUUGGCAUCUGAAAUGAUUUAUAUACUUGUAAACGUGCAGUUGUCUUUAUGAACCAUCACCUUUAAGCGAAAAUCCGUACACAUAUUUCGCCUCGGGAAUACCAUUAUUACAAUCUGAAUUAUACAGUUUUCGCUAAACCUGAUUGGCCCUCGUGGUUGACGGGCGAUUUUUAAUAGAAACUUCAUUCCCGCCAGGGCGCUAUCUGCCGUCUUUAGGGAAUGAAGCUUUAACCUCCUUGCUGGAGAGUUAAAGGUCUAAUAAAAGAGUUGAAGUCGACGCCGUAGCUGCGUAAUACCAACGUUGUUGGCGGAGGGGGGGGGACGCGCGAUGCAUGCUGCUGCUAUCGUGCGCGCGAGAGAGAGAAAAAUUAAAACUGCCCAGAAGUCCGCAAACCCCUGACGGCGGGAACGGAGUCCUGAGAAGGCUGGGAUUUUGGGAAGUGGCUUUUCUGCCCUGCUGGCAGAAUGGUAGUAAUUUAACGCGUAGGCAGAAGAGAAUCCGCAUCCACCACGGCCACUUUAGACGCUAAAUGAUAGCUACGUCUAAAUCGCGUCGGGUCGCACUGUGUUGCUGCUCUGUACUUUAUCUUCUUGACCGAAAGUAGCCUUUGGCCUUUCUUUGUCUUGUCUUCCUUCCACAGGUUCUCAACAAAGACAGCGAUACGACUGAAAUCCAAGAGAAGAUUCUCACUAUUGAGGUCCUUCCCGGCUGGUUGGAGGGCACGAAAAUAAUCUUCGCCAAUGAGGGCAACCAAGGACCUAACACGAUUCCAGGUGCGAAGCAACAGGUUUGCCUGUGUUUUGGGAGAAUGAGAAUGUAUUUGCAGUCUCGCCUCAUGGUAAGUUUGUCUGCUAAAUGAGAGGAGAUGCAAUGGCCGAGAAGCAGUGCUUACGCUUUUGGCCCGAUGUAGUCGCAGCCCACAUCCUCAGGGCUAACGGCAGGAAGUGGAGGUGUCGGAUGCUGCCAUUUAAACACUCCCCUCAUUAUUUAUGAGUCUUCUCAAGGAGUGUGUAUCUGCAAGCGGUUUAUAUCAUCGCGGUGACUGAUAGUGCUUUAACCCUCGAUGGCAGGCUUCUAGCCAUUACCUCCGUAUGGAAAACCACUUAAUAUUUGUACAUUACUGACUGCCUGUUGAAAGUUUGUGGAAUUUCCUUGGCUAUUCUGCAGCAACUGAUCAAUUUCAGCUCAAAUCUUCAUAUAUAACUUUUCUAACUCAGCCUAAAAACCUUUGUUCUAAAGGAUCAAACUCAUGCUUGCGCACUAAAUUCCUCGGAAAUUAAGGAAGUCAGUCAGAUAUCACUUUAGUAUUUACUGUGUACUCUGUGUAUGCGCUUGCUGUAAACAAUCAACAAAGGACGUCAAAAUUGACCAAAGUGGAAAAUAUAUAAAAGAAAAGAGGGGUGCUUCCAGUGAUUGCAGAAAGCAGAGGCUACUGCGUUCCACAUUUCUAGCCAAUGAGAAGUUGCGCUUUACUGAGAUUAGCCUCAAUCGCGGUGGUCGUAGAUUACGUAGGGAAGUUACAGGUCAUUUUAUGGCACUCUGUUUUCGUUUCACAAAAUAAAGUGCCCCAACUGGUAGAGGAGUGCUCACCGAUCGCGCUACGGAAUUCGCUCGUCCUGUUGCCUUUUGGGGCUAUCUGUUGUGAUCUAUCAGCAGCCACACAGCGGUGCGUACUAAAGACUGAAUAACAUUACCGGCAAAGACAAAGCAGAUCGAAAUGGCCAUUUCAGACUUAUAAGCCGUCAGCAGCCAGUCAUACCCAGCCCUGAGGUAAGGAACGUUGGCCUUCUAACCAACAGGUCGCGAAUCGAGCCCCAGGGGUUUCACACCUCUGGGUUGUUUAUGACUGACUGGCGACGGCUAAUAAGCCAGAGGCGGUCGUUCGAGUCUCCCUUGUUCUUGCCGCUAACGUUAUUCGGCCUAGUAAGCAGUCUAGAAAUGGUGUAUGAAUGUAACACUAUUCUAAUGCUUAAAUGGAUAUAAGUUCUGGUCUCAUUUUCAGCUUCAAAGGUAGGGUUUUUAAGUAUCAAAAGUGGAAUGAACCGGCGGCAAAUACUGUCAUCUACAGUCACUGAUGCCCCUACCUGAGGCCGUGAAGACCUCAGAAUUGACCCCAGCCGGGAGUCUAGGGGUAUGUUAGACGAGCUAAAGAUUCAGACGUAGAUGACUGUGGUUAGGACCGUCUAACAUUCAGUAUGAAUGAGAUUCACGAGGUUACCGCCUGCUUGUCGAACAGAGUACGAUGCUUCCGCUCCCUAUGCGAUCGUCUUCAUUGAUAAGACAGUGGUGGUAGUCAUUGAUGCAGCCGGAAACUAGCCCAAGCGUAUUGUUUGGCAUUAACAUAGCAAUACUUGUUAAUACUCACUCGCUAGAAUGACAUGAGUGGACACACCCACGACUAGGGGCAACUGAAACGAAGAAGAUGCAACCGCCAGAACUACAAUUUUAUUCGCCCCUCUGUCUGAGAUGUCAGACGAGCGAACUCCUUGUUCUGGUGGCCGCGUCUUCUUUCCAAUUGUUUCUUGGAAUUGACAUUGUUUCCGCCACCUUCCUCUCAGCUGUAUCCAGCCCUGUCGAAGCUCUGGUCGGGUUUCCCCCGCCGUAUGUAGGCUGCCUCCAGGUAGCUCAGUAGCCGAGUUGUUCGUGCUCAAACCAAUACUCGAAAAGAAGUUUUGAGGUCAACCAAAUGACCAUUAUUAAGGAGGUGUUUUGUUACAGAAGACGGUGGAAUCUUAUUCUCCUGCUUUAGAAGCCAUUUAGAUAGGUGCUAAACUGCCCUGGCUGCCAGUUGCCUUCGCGUUCGCCCAGUGUAUUUGCAUCCACAAGUGCAUGUAAAUUCGUAAACACAAUUUGACAUGGCGUGCAAUGGCAGGACAUCCCUUGCCCCUGGAACUUAGAUAGCCUUACUAGGGCUGCAAAAUAUGAGUUCGGCUGAGUUGUAAGUUCUUUCAAUGGCGCAUCUCAAUCGCCGCUUGAUGGUUUUUAAGAUGUCGCACUCAUAGAGUAAGGAUAUUACAGCGGGCUUUUUCGGAACUGGUUGUUUCGUCAAUUUUGGCCGUAAACUGUUGCCAUACUUUUCAAUGAGUCGUGUUAGAUAUCCCCAUUUAAGCAGGGCUGUUUUAAGACAAGAAAUCUCAUCAUCCAACGUUUCAUUGGAGCAAAUGUUUCUUGCUCAUUGGAAUAGAGUAUAAACCAAUGUUCCUUUUCGUUGUAUCGGCACAAAGCGCCAGAAGUGCAGGUAUUGACCUUGUGGAAAACAGUUCGCCUUAUUGAACCAUCUUCCUGUCUAGUCAUGAGGACAUCCAGGAAAGAGAGCUUGUCGCACUGCUCUUUUUUCAUUGUGAAUUUUAUCUUAGGAUGGAUCAUGGCAACAAGUAGUUUUUCGGCUUCAUCGUGGCUAUCAACAAUAACAUAUAAUCCACUAUUACAUGAAUAAUCAAAGAAGUUAAUCAUAUGCGGGCAGACUGCGCUGAUACCUUUAUUGCGCUAGCGUAGGACCAGAUUGGUAGGCGGUCUCAGUUUGCCUUUUUUCGACAGGACCUGCUGCGGAUCUCUCCAGCUUCUUUCGCCUACCGCGGUCCGCGCAAUUUGAUAAUACACAAAGAUAUGAAUCGGAAUCAUUACAUAUUACGCAAAAUGCCUUUAAAUACUAAUUUGCGGCAAAAAGUGCCUUCGUAGUUUUAAAAUUGCGCCCUAAAGAAGCGUUAGAUUUGCAGCUUUUGACGGAUUUCAUAUUCAAAGCAUGAGAAAGUGAGUUUAAGAGAGGUGCAAGCGUAGCACGCGGGUAAAAUAUGUCUGCGGAAGAUCACUUGUUAGUUCGGCAGUCGCCAACGACUGCGUUUACCGCGUGCCCUACAGGAUGGUUUUUCCAGCGCCAUUCUUUUUCACAUUAAUGGGCAUAUCGUGGAAUCGCAUGAUAUACACAGAAUACCGUUACUGACAAGGACAAGGGAGACUGGAAUAGCCAUUUCUCGCUUAUUAGCCGCCAUCAGUCAGUCAUACCCAGCCCUGAAGCGUGGAGCACCUGAGCCUCGAUCCCGCGACCUGUUAGUUAAAAGUCCAACGCCUCAGAACACUGAGCCACGGGCUCGUUGUCCUGUCGGUUGCUAUCUGGAAUAUACCAUGCAUUUGUCGGUAAUACCAUUCUGCCUACAUUAGGCGCCGCUGUGCGGCUGCUGGCUAGGCUCGAGAGAGAGAGAGAGAGCCCCAAGGCAGAGGGGGACGAGUAAGUUCCGUAGCGCGUUCGAUUAGCGCCCCCUCUGCCACCCUGCACCCCGCGCAUAUGCUUGAUCCUUGCCGAUCAUCGUUAGCAGCAUAGGGACGUUCUAACUUCCUCCCACUGAGCCUGUUCUCUCGAAAGUCUUUUAUGAAAUUCCUCACUGCAGUCACUGCUUAAAACGGUUCAAAUAUAAGUCAAUUACCAGGGUCGAAAAGAGUGCAUGUCCAUGUUACCACACCCACCCUACUUAUCAUGCUUUUCGACAGAUACUGAUGCAAACCAUCUGCUCGUUUACGUUCUUUCUUGCAAUUUAUCCCCCUCCCCCAUUAGACGGGAGCAUGCCGUCAUGAGACCUUCCGGUUCUUUGCACCUCCCUCCUUUUUAAAAUAAAGUGGGCUCGUCAAUGUGACAGCAGUGCGAAAAGUAUCCCGCUGUUUGGGUUUUUGUCCUUCAUAAGUUGCCUUCCUGUGAAUGCAGCGAAAUGUCUAUCCCCCCUCCACUCCUCGUGUUUUGCAAUUUUGCGGGUCGGACGUGGGAGGGGGUGCGCAGCCUUGUUUUAUAAUUACACUCCCAACCCUAGUGUCGGGUAUUAGCUAUCAGGCCAAAUUAUCUUCUCCCUGGACUGCACGUACAUUUAAGCGGUCUUCAGACAGCCUGGGCGUGACCGAAUUUUAACAUUUACAGUCUUUCGCGGUGCAUUUUUGCACUUGAUUUUGCAAUUUUUUGACCAAAUUCAAUCUUCCGCUUAUGCUUCGUAGUAGCUGUGAUGAGACAUAAAUCACACCUUUCAAGAUUAAUUAGACUUUUGCGUGUGACUGCUGGUUAAUUAGGCCACAUAUGAACAAAAAUGUGGUGACAUAAACAAGCGAGGACACAUAUUGGUAAUUCGUACCAGAUCAGCAACAUCUCUGCUACGAUUAGGUUAGAAGAGUAAAAAAUUCACCUGUGCUUAAAAUGCUAUGGAUUCAAAUGCUGAAUUCGUAUGCACCAACAGCAAUUUCAAUAUUUUAUGCGCACGGGCAUUAAAUAAGCUGAAACGCCAAUUAUGGGUUGUGUUAGAGAUGAUUAUCAGGUAUCGCUGGGUGUGUCUCCUUUGGGGAUUGCAAUUAAGCAGAAUCCGGUAGGGGUCUAUUUCAUGCAAGUCUUCAUCCAAAUCCUACAAUAAAUUGCGUCAAAUCUUGUUAAAUAAUUACUUUUCUCCAGGCGUGUUCUCAGUGUUCCAUGUCUGUUGGUGUUUCUAGUUGGUUUUUUACAAUUCAUAUGUUCUCAAGUUGCGAAAAGUCGCAUGGGGCAAUUCAGAAGAGUAUUUGGUGGACAUACGCUUGCGUUCGACAAACUCUCGUUGGGCCAGUACAUUUAUAUAAGAAUGAGGUACACAACGAUCAGGCCGUUUCACGGAACUUCCCAGCAGCAGGAGUUAAGUCUUGUUCUCGACCAACGCCGUAUUACUCGGGGAAGGUAAGGAUAAGCUACCAUAUCAAAAGAAGAGGAGGCGUUCACCGGGAGAGGUGUAUUUGAGGUCUGACGUUUCGGGUAGUCGUUUCUUCUACCCAUCUUCAGAGACUGAGCAGUCGUGCAACAGCUUGCCUUUUAUGGCACACUAUGUUUAAUGCCUGGCCCACCGAUGCCGCCUGUGUGGCUGCAUCCGACCCGCAUGUCACCGUGACCUGAAUCCCGCCCAUCUUCGUCGGCCGCGGUGAUAAUUGGCGGCCCCGAUUGCCCCGCGCCGUGACUGUCCCCCGUCAAGAACGUUCGUAAAACCAGAUAAAGGGGAGGUAAAUUGCUGUGGCGGUUGACAGAACAGCCGGUAGACAUCCAGGCUUCUUGCACCUGCCUUGCCGUAUGAUCAUCACCUCGGCCCAUAAUUUCAACGGCGUCAAAGUUGAAGACGUGUCCCAUUUGGGCGGCAUGGGUUGCUACCUCCGACUUUGGGUCCAACCCUCGCACGGCCAACCUAUGCUCGUGCAUGCGCGUUUGCAGCCGUCGGCCGGUAUCGCCAACGUAGUUACACAUUCUGCAGCUGCACUGAAGUCGGUAGACAACAGCCGACAUCUCCUGUUUAAGGAUGGGGUAUUUUGGCCGCAUCACUUGCCGGCGGAUUGUUGAGUCGGGCCUGUGGGCAACGCCUAUUCCGAGCGGCGCGAGGGAUCUGGCUACGGCUUCGGAGACCCCUUUCAUGUAUGGAACACUCCGCCACGAUUUUCGCAUUUUCACUACUAUUGAUGUAAGCUACCAUCUCAGACCAUCUCCAUGUGCAUUCAGUCAUUUACAUGCUCCUGUGGAACAGGCUAUAUUUGUGCAGGCACGACCGCGCCACCUACCAGCGCCCUUCCCGCCUCCGCUCUUCUCGACUCUGAUUUAACACUGGGUCUAGGUGGGGAAUGGGGAAGAGAGGGUGCGGUAGAUGCUGUGAAAGUCCACUCUCACCAUAAACUAAUUCAUGGACAAGUCAUCGUGUUUGCUUCACCUUGCUGGGGAGCAUAUGGUCGAAUUAUCAAACUGAUUUAGUACUGAUAGAAGCGAACAGGCGAGUUCCCGGUAGCAGUUCAGAAGAUGAAGAUGCGAUCACUCGACGGGACCCGGCCAUAUUUUCAAAUUUCAAGAGUCCGAACUCCUCGCAAGGGGUGACAACCGCGUGAGCCGCGAGCUGCUCGAGUCAUGGUUCCCAGGCCCGCAAUCCAUCAACAAGCACAAUGACCUCCCGGUACCCUAUACCGUACUGCGAUUUUCCCUGGGCAGGAAAAUCAGUCACGUGGGGAGGGCGCGGGCGAGCAAUCAUCAGGGUGACAGUGAGCCAGUUUGCCGAGCAAUCGUCACACCAGCAUCCAGCACGGAUGACGAAAUCGCGGCAAUUAACAACUCGGACUCCGACCGAAAAGCCGCCACCGCAUCAAUUACGACCCCAGCGGUGACUGUGAGAACUGCUCAUUGCAGUGCGCAUGCGGUCCCACGGCAGCCACGUGCUAUAAAUACUGCACUCCUGGUGCCACCAUCACCUUUAUCUGCGAAUGUCUCUGAUGAUGGAUUCGAGUGAGGAUCCGAAACGUCAGGCAAAUAAAUUUCUUGUUCCAGUGAUCGCAUCUUCAUCUUCUGAUUCGGUACUCACCACUACCAUGAUGAACUUGUUAUUGUAGGUGUCUAUCCCUUCUUGUUGUUGUGGUGUUGUGUAAGCGCGUGCUGUGACUACAUCCCACCAACAGUAGGUAGACAGGAUGCAGUAUUCGGACGAUGCUCCUCUUUCUUCCGUUUGGUCUGUUUGCACAAUGGUUGUUUAGCGGACUUUUGAAAUAUCGGACAUUGCGUUCUUCUGACCGAGGUUCAAGAUAAUUUGCAGAACGUCGGUUUCGCAAUGCCCUUCGUGUUUUCAAAAGUUGGUUGAAAGCAGGGGCGGCGACUUAUGGGCGAAUUAUUUCAUAGUGAUAAUAGGCUGGCACGGCUUCUAGCACACUCCAUCCUCCUCUCUCACCUGGGCCCGGGGUCAAGACAUAGGCGAAGAGACCUUAGAUGGGAGAGACCGUACAGUAUAUGUGCAUACUCAUGAAAUGUCAACCAAAAUUUCGAAAUGCGUUCUCAUUUCGAAAAGAUAAAUUAAGUAGUGUUGUAAAACUAAUCAUGAUGCAGCAUAAAUCUACAGUGAUCCAGUUACCUCAGGGUGUCGUCUUUCGAAAGAACUUAUUUUCCUCUGCAUGCAAGAUCUAUACUCUGCAAAAAAUGACUACUUAUGUAGCAGGCAAUUUUCUCAUUGAUUUUCGAUGCCCUUGAAAAUUCAACUAUAUUUCAUGGAAACCAUGCAUAAAAAUAUUCAUUCUUUUACUUAUUCGGUAGAAAAUCACUUCCUCUUCCGAUUUCAUACUCAAAAGAAGAGUAUUAUUCGAUUUUAAAAAGUUUCUAAUUGUGAGAUUUUUUAAUACCGUUAAAUGGUCGUUCAUGAAAAGUUAUGUAUCUGCAUUUACGAGUGUGGCUUGUAAAGUUAACAAUUAUACUCAAAUCCACUGCUUAAUUUUAUGAACCUCAUAUGGUCUCCUCUUAACACCGUAGAGAAGUGCAUGGUUUUCUGUACACGGAAAAUAUACAGCUUGUAGUUUUGAAACCCUGAAUGCAAGUGUAACAGCAGGUUGGGUUCAAAAUUAUUCGAGAAUUAGAAAAGUUUUUUUAAACCGAAUUAUACUCUUCUUUUGAGUAUGAAAUUGGAAGAAGACGUGAUUUUCUACCGAAUAAGUAAAAGAAUGAAUAUUUUUAUGCAUGUUUUCCAUGAAAUAUAGUUGAAUUUGCAAGGGCAUCGAAAUUCAAUGAGAAAAUUGCAUACUAUGUAAGUAGUCAUUUUUUGCAGAGUGUAGAUCUUGCAUGCAGCCGAAAAUAAGUUCUUUCGAAAGCCGACACCCUGAGGUAACUGGAUCAUUAUAGAUUUAUACUGCAUCAUGAUUAGUUUUACAACACUACUUAAUUUGUCUUUUCGAAGCGAGGACGCAUUUCGAAAUUUUGGUUGACAUUUCAUGAGUUAGCACAUCUACUGUAGGUGGCUGGCGCGAUGCAAACCCGAAACCUAGGCGUGUUACCACAUCCCCUGGUCCACAACGUAUACCGGCAAACAUCUCACACAACAUGCGAAGGGUGGGGCAGCUCGGAUCCCACUAGAUUACAGUGCCAUAGAGGUCACAUUAAAAAGGAACCAUUGCGGCCGGUCGAAUCUUAUUUCGUAUCUGCAAUUGCAGUAGGCAGGCCUCAGCCACCUGUCAUAUGAGACCGUUGUUAAUAGGAGGUUUUACACCAGCCGAUGACCCUAACUCCCAACCCCCAACUUCAAACCCCUAACCCUUACCCAACCCCUAGCCUUAACCCAUAACACUAACCCCUGAUCCCCUAGCCUCUUAUCCCGAAUCUCAACCGUUAAUCCCCAACCCUAAUACAUAGGAGGUGCGGCUUCGAAGGAAGAUCAUACCUUGAGGGCCUGACUCUGUGUCAACCAGCCGGCCACUCCACGGAAACAAACACCGGGCCUACUGCGAGGUCCAUGUCAUGACGUCAGAUAGCAACCUGCCAACUCACAGCUCUAGCGCAUCGUGAUAGCUUUAAGUGUGUCAGAUAGCCUGUACUGAGGAGAAUGAGCUGAGUCGUCAACGUCACUCCCUAUUCCCACUCCCGGGAAACAUAAACUGUCUGAGCUGGUCAGUUGUUCGGUGCCGGGAGUGGGCGCAGUGGCGGACACAUCUAUGCAUGCCACACACGCGAACUGCCCCCGAACCCAAGUACCAGAAUUUCAUACAAAAGUGAGAAUACUUUGUAUAUCAUAUUGAUAAAUACCACGCUACAUCUUGUCCACUAACGGUGUCUAUGUCCCUUCACAAUUGAAGACCUUGUAUUUGGCACUUUUCACGACAAAGACCAGACUGCUGCCGUAUAACAAGAGCCUUAGAUUAGUAAGCCAAUGGAUAUUGGACCUCGCAUAACAGCGUUUCUCUCUCUUUUCCCCCCUUUUGACAGGCGACGUGAUUUUUAUUGUGAAGGCAAAGCCUCAUGAUACGUUUGUUCGUGACGGCCACAAUCUCAUCCACACCGCCGCGAUCCCCGUAGCCCAGGCCCUACUGGGCGUGACACUGGUCAUUAAAACCCUCGAUGACAGAAUUCUUCGCAUUGCAAUCACUCAGAUCGUCAAGUAAGUAAACCAGUUGUUUAUUAUUGUUUAAGACAAAUCUCGAUCUCUGUCCGUCAACAAAGAUGAAGGCUGACUCAGUAUGUUCCUAUGAAAGUUGUUCUGUUGGGUUCCACGGGGACUUGACUGCACUUUAAUUGGUCUAUUUCGGGCACUUGUAGAUAUCCUGUCAUUUACCGCUUCAAGCCAAUCAGAUAAUCCUGUUGAGAUGUCCAUUACUGUGUCGAAUCAAGCGGCCGUGUCUAAUAACCGCGCAAAAACGCAAUCCACACAGACUAGCCGAUUACAGUAGAUGGGCUGACUCAUGAAAUGUCAACCAAAAUUCCGAAAUGCGUUUGUGUUUCGAAAAGAUUGAUUAAGUAGGGUUGUAAAACUAGUCAACCUGCAACAUAACUCUAUAGUAUUUUAGUUACCUCAGAAUGCGGGCUUUUGAAUGGACUCCCUCCGGCCGCAUGUAAAAACUACACUCUGUAAAAAGUGACUACCUAAGUAGCAUUUAUUUUUAUCAUGGGCCACUAUCAUAAUUAAUAUUCCCGAUCACAACCGACAGGACAACGGGCCCGUGGCUCAAUGGUAGAGCGUUCAACUCCAUAACCAAAGAUCCCGGGUUCGAAUCUCAAGUGAUUCACACUUGGGGUUGGGUAUGACUGGCUGAUGACGGCCUAAUAAGCCAGAAAUGGCCAUUCCGGUCUCCCUUGUCUUUGUCGGUAUCAUCUUCUCCACAUAUAUCACAAGUCGCUGUGCGACUGCCUGCGAGAGUUUAAAUAUGAGCCCAAGGCACAACGAAACGAGCAUGUUCCGUAACCUGAUCGGUAAGCGCCCACAAAUUUGAAAACGGGAAUCCUAAGAAGCAUGAUUCGAAAAUGGUGGGCCGAUGAGCCGAGCCCCUCGCAGUUGUGCCGCGCAGCGGCAGAAUAUCGGCGAAACACGUGUCUGGGCUUUUAGUUAGUACCAAUGCUGGAGAGAUUCACAAAUUUUUACACGUUUCCCAGCGUAUUGAUGGUUGUAGACCCCAGGAGAUAAGAAAAGUAAAAACAAAUGUUCAGACUAGUGGGAAAGAAUGGCUCAUACUACAGCAAAGGAUUACCUACAAGUCUCCGUUCGCAGUGCCGUGUUAAAAAUUGGCUGUUUCACAUGUUGCCUGGUCAAAUGUCACCAAAACAACAACAAUCUGCACAGUCUGUUGUGAAAUGAACUAGCACGAAAGGUAUGCAAAUGUUACUUCACGAGGCUUCGCUCAACAGAAUUAAUGUCAACACUGUUACCAGAAUCGAGGUUCUCUGGUAAGUCAGACAGAUGCAAGUGGCCUUAUUGGAUACCAAAUUUCGACACUUUACAAGGCGCAAACAGUGCGGACGUUUCUCUCACUCUCUAUGCCAAGGACGGUAUGCAAUGCCCUGGUAAGGUUAAAGGUCGACAGGAAACUUUUCAUAGCUCCUGCAAACAGAUGCCGUGCUAUGAUCGUAGUGAACAGCGUUGGUGACCUUCAGAAGGCCGAACGCUCCCUAAACGACCGUCAACCCUAAAUCCUUUAUAAGUUCACAUAGUAGAAACAAUAACAUGCCAGGUAAGCGUAAAACAGUUAGAAGGGUAGGACUCAGGUACGAGACCGGUGUUGGACUGAGGAAGGUGAAGGACUCCAAAAGUGACCCUCUCGGUCCUGCGAUCAUCUGAACAUGUGCAACGAAGGCAGUCGCCCUGUCCAGAUGAACUGAAGGUUCCUCUCAAACCUACUCCACCGUUGACGAAAUCGCUCGCAAGCGGAUGUACACAACCACAAAAGAAUUUACCGAUUCCUAAAAUCACAAGUGAGACGCUAUUGUAAAGUCAGGGCUUGCUGGUAACUUUCAUUGCGGACCAGAAGUGCAGAUGAAAUUUUCAUCGCCAUUUAAUAAACUUUCGAGCACCUUAUCCUAAUCACAAUCAAAAAACACUUGUUCAUGAACGCACUACCAGCGAGCCCCAUUCCCAUGAAUUCAGAUAAUUAGCAAGACAAUUAUCUGAAUGACUGCACGCAAAGCUACUGGAUACCAACUUCGCGCGAUCGCUCCAACGUCUGAUACUACAGAACUGGGUUACACUAGGUCGCAGGACACUGUAUGGUGUCGGGUACUGAGAUUGGGUAAAUCAAAACCUAAACUUUCCCCCCCAAACCUCCUCCAUCGUUGACGAAACCACUAACGAGCGAAUGUACAUAACCAAAAUGGGUUUGGCGACUCUUGAAUCGUAACUGAGGCGUAACUGUCAAGUUAGAGCUCGCUCAUGACCAUUGUGGAUUCAGAGCGCAAACGAGAUUUUUAUCGCCAUUGAAUGAACUCUCGAGGGCCUUAACCCAAUCAAAAGUUUUUAACGCUCUAGGACGAAAACGGGCGGCUGGGGUUUGUUGGUGAAAUUGUACGGUGUAAAGUCUGCGACACGCAGACACUUAGAUUCAACGCCGGCCGCCAAAGUAUUCGAAACGCGCUUACGCAUGAACGCACAACCAGCGCGCCCCAUUCCCAUGAAUAGAAGUGAUUAGAGAAGCGGUUUUCUGAAUGAAUGCACGCAAAAGGAAGUGGAGACCAAAUUCUCGCGAUCGCUCCAGCGUCUGAUACUACAUAACUGGGUUACACCAAGUCAGCGGACGCUUUUGGAGGACGGGUACUAAUGUUGGAUAAACCAUUGGUGCAAUGAGACAGAUUGGUUGUGGUCCGUUUGAUCUACUGCAGUUGAGAACAAGGUAAAAUUAUGGGCGAUGAUGACAGUUUACGCACUAUGCGAGUUGCCGAACACGAAUCUGCAACGGGCAGCAGUAUCAACGCCAACGAGUUGGUUAUGGCUUCGUCAAUAUGAUUAUACCACCUAUAUAAUUUUGACAAGACGGAAAGUCACUGAAAUUGCAUGAGUCAUGUUUCACGGGACCCCGAUCACUCAACAGUCCAAACUGCCUCUACUUAAGGUAGACUUCAGUAUAUUUAAGGAUAAUGGGCAUUACGCACGGCUAGAAAGUUCAUACACUUGGUGAGACAGAAAACACUUUGGCCAGUGUGAUGCUAUCGAAGAGCCAUUUGCAACAUCGCAGAUGACAGGUCUUACAGAACCAGGCAGCCAAUUGAAGUACGGCUCUGCGAAAGACCAUACACAUGCGCCUCUUCAAGUCUAUUCACAGCUGAAGAGCGAGAGUCAAACUCAGGGGAUCCUUCUUAAUGCGGCCUCUAUGACACUCCUGCUUGAAUAGGACCAGAACCGCUUUCUGUGUCUGUGAAAACCUCCGGUCCAGACAGUUAGGCUUUUCUGACUCUGUCUUGCUACCGUGACCAGGUGGAUGAGGGAUAAGGCAGUGCGAUUAUGGAAAAAAACAUCACAGAGAGCACCAAAUGGGAACAGGGUUUUCGGUUUUUUAAUUUCCUCAGAAAUUAACUACUAACUCGGGGUAGAUCAGGUUAUAAGCGAGGAAGAAGAGUCGAGCACCGGAACAUUGUGUUUAUUGUCCUGAGCUUUCAGACUCGUACAGGAGUCCAUUGUCAGAGGUAACAGCAGCAGCAGCAGCGGCAGCAGCAGCAGCAGCAACAGCAGCAGCAGCAGAACAAACGACAGUUAUAAGGCAUGCAGACCAAUCAUCGACCGACGGCGCAAGACUGGAGGUGACUACGCAGGGCUCUGUACGCCAGCGUCAGAUCGAUAAAUCGAUUGACCGAGUUCUCAUCCGAGGCCCAGGCUUCGAUCAAUUCUCGGCCUGUUUUGUUUCCGUCGUGGGCGACUAUUUUGGGGGCUGCGAAGUUAAAAUCGUGACCCAUUUUGUGGGCGUGAGCAGCCACUUGCGAUAAUGCGUCGCCUCGUCGCACAGACAGCUUAUGUUCGUGUAUUCGCAAUCCGAGCAUGCGUCCAGUCUGUCCUGUUUAGUGACAAGGACAAUUUUGACACGGAAUGCGGUACACUACCCCAGACUGCUCAUCAGACUUUAACCGGUCUUUGAUUUUCAUGACCCUAUUGCGCAUGGUGGCUUUGGGGCGGUGUGCAAUUCCAACACCUAGCUCUGCAGCAAUGCGCUCGAUCGCUUCCCAAAAGCCCUUGAUGUAUGGCAGAGAAUGCCAUAUAGUCGGUGGCGUUGAUGUUCGAGUUCUCUGGUGAGGACCGCGUAGGCAGCGACUUAUGAAUGCCCUCGGAUAGCCAUUUUGCACAAAGUGGUCGCGGUCAUACUAGGGUCUCUGGGCUCAGACCGAAAUUUGAUCAUGAAUAUUUAGGCCGAAGUCCAUCAUCCACAGCGGGAUGACGGCGUCAGCUAGUGGUAUAUUUUAGUGCUAGAAGAUGCAAUAAUAGCAGCACAGCAGCUACUACAUAUACCUCUAGCAUGGUAUCUUCUAACGCUAAAAAGGAAACAGGCAUGUUUUAUAACUGCUCCUGAAUCAUAAAUAGCACUCGGCAGCUAAGUCGGAACUCUAGACUUUAGGGGAUACGUUAUUCUGGACUGGAACAGUUCAAAACCCCGCUGAUCCACACCUAAGACGCGGUCAGCAGAUAGCCAUUUAUUCAGUCACGUAUUCCUGUCCCACAGUUUAACAGCUCUUGUACCGGUAGCGUGGUCGCCACCAGAGUAUGAUGGCCGCGGAGUUAAAUAUGAAGGCACAAAGUGAUGGAUUGCAUAUUAUGCUGACGCAUCCUUAGACCGACAGUUUCCUUUCCGACCAGAGUGGCGCAGGCUGACAACAGCUUGAAGUUCUCGGACAAGGAAGGGCCAAGAACUGCCUGGUAAUCCGGUCUCAAUCAAGCACUACUGGAGGGGGGGGGAAAUUAAGGUUUUGCUCCUGGUUUACGGAUCGAUGAUAAUCUCUCGUCAUGUUAGUUGUCAUGUAUUCCAGUCGAUGCGAAACUAUCUGCUGCGGGUAUUAGCGGCGUCAGUAUGUAGUCAGUCGCUGAAUCCGUAAUCGAUAAUAAAACGUAAUGACCAUCUUUCCCCUAUGCAGCGUUAAGGUGCUGGCGGAUACAUUAUUCAUAAGAGGAAUCACUACUGCUUCACAGACACAAAAAGAGUUAAAUUACCGGGGGGGGAAAUUAUCUCGGCAGCUCUCAAGACCGCCGAGAGUGAGGCAUUGCAAAUAACGUUUCAAUAGAGUUGACAAAACAAGCAACCCGGCAACUUCAAACAUCCGAUGAAGGCCCAGCAAUUUCCGGUUUUUUACAGCGUGCAACUUAGUGAGCUUCAAGCUGGAUUGCACACACAUCCUUAAUAUACCUUUGCCUCUUUUGUCCCUCUCUCUUGCUCGCCUUUCUUACCCUUAUGCUGGACUUGACGACGAAUUAAGGGUGUAAGGUUAGCAGAACCUCCGUUUCAGCGAUCAGGUACACAUAUUCAUAGCUCCCUUACUUGCUAGGUUGGAAGAUGUUCUCACUACGCCAUCAAAUAUUCAUGCUCACUUUUGGGCAAAUAUGUCUUCGUCCCAAUGUACAUAUGCGGUAAAAUGUACGCACUGGACCAAUAUUGAAUUACCUACCCCUCCUUUUCCUCCCUCGUCCUCCCUCCGCCCUUCCUCCUCCCCAUUUUCUUCUCACGCCUUCAACCGCUCCUCCUCAUCCCCCUCAAUCAUCCUUUUUCUCCCUCCUCCUCUUAAUUUCUCCCGUCCCCUCCUUAUCACUCCUCCUCCUUUAGGCUGCCUCAUCAUGCCUCUCUUCCUCCACCCUUUCUCCCCUCUCCCUUCCCCUUCGCUCAUCCUCCCCCUUGUCUCCCUCCUCUUCCUUCUCCUUCCUCCUCCUCUUCUUCUUCUUAUCCUUCCUUCUCCUAUCCAGCGUGAAGUGGCGAGGACUAGUCGCUGACCACCUAGCUGUUUGCUUUUAUAGGCGACUCCUGGCUGACUGCCUUUACGAAGCAGCGCCGGAUCGAGCAUGGGCAGGAAAAAGUUCUUAACUGCCGAGUCUCAUGAUCUCAAACGUGACUUAACCACCCAACGCACAUAGAAUAAUUCAUACGUGCAGGGUGUGUACGGUCUUAUGAAACAGCCAGCGCCAUUGCCUGGUUUUUAUCACAAAAAUAACGAAUGUUAACGCCUCUGAUGAGGUCAGCGUGGGACGGCAGGUGAUGGUGUCGCCACAUUUUAAAAUAUUGACGUCGGAACGAACGAGUAAUCUGGCAACAAGCUUGAAACAACACAUUGUAAUUGUUUACGGUGUAUAGCAGCAGGGGGGUAGCGAUGGGGUGUUCGAUUCGUGUGUCCGUAAAUGCUCGUGAUUCAUGCAUCAGACAUCUGGACUGCUAAGUGCCCUCCGUCGGGGUUGAAAAAGUCUAUAAUACCAACUGUAAAUUUUACUUUGGCCGGGGGGCAUGCCGUUGUUUCAACUCUGCGUUCGCCUUCACCAGCAAUGCUUCAAUUGGUAGUGGAGAUGCUGAAGAAACCGGUUUUUGUUGGUCAUUUAACUCAAUAUCGCAGAUGACGGUACAAAUUAGGUUCGUGGUGAAUCGAUAUUGGAGGCAUUAGCUGGUCACAAAUAAAUACGGCAGAGUUUCAAAGCAAGAAUACUUCAUGCCCAAUGAAUACUGGGUUUGGUUUUCUUGGAGUGGAUGGUUGCAGGCAGCGGCACACUUCUCUGCGAAAAACGUCUACUGUGACUUUUGGUGAACAAAUCUCCACUUUUCAGUACGGUCGAGCCCAUAAUGAAUGAGCUGGACGCUAUUUCACAACUCAGAACGACAUAAAAUGAAGAACGUUUUUUAAAGUUUACGCCAUGGAUGCGGAAUGGUUAAUUCAAAUGACAUCCCGGCUAGUAGAUGCGUCAUACAGUGAUAUAAGGCCGACAAAACGCGAAUCGGAUCUCCGGCUAGUACUUGUACUAUCGGUAUUGUGAAUCAUGCAGUAGUAGUGUACUACUGACUGCUUGCCCGUAGAUUAUGAGCGUUGAUCAGUUAUUCAGUCAACAUAAAUGAACUUCGGCUCAACUGUUCACACCAAUCGCCGGGCCGAACUUGAACAUGUUUAUCCUGAAGGAUUUGCUUCGAAUCUCGGCGUUUUUUUAUAUUCCUGAAGCGGACCUCUCCUCGAAACUAAACAGAAGGCACUGUGAAAGUCAACAGGCACCACAGCUGAGCGUGGUAUCGUAUAGCCCAUUUAAUCGGAAGCAAUCUUUGCUGAACAUGGAAAAAAUGACUCCCCCCUUACUAGGGUGGCCUUGGCUAACUUCCGCCGAUAGCUAUUCUUCUGUCCUGACUCUUAGCCUUACGCUAACUAACACUAAUCUUAAAACUAACCCUUCCAACUCUAACUCCCCAGGGAUUUUGCGCAAGGAUACCUGCAGUACGGGAGUCCAUAUUUCCGUUACCUACCACAACCUAAAAUGAUUAUAGAUAGAGUUAUAGGGCGAAGUCGAGACAAGAAACCCCUUCACGGGAGGCAUUUGAAUUAAAAUCUUCUCUGAAAUAUACAGACGAGUGCCAACUUCGUGAAUGUCUUCUCCAUUGAUUCCCUCAAUUUCUACACAAAGAGUACCGGAAUAGGAGUGUCUUUCGUUAUACUAAGUCUAAAUUUAGUUUUGCAAUUCAAAACAUGUCUUUCGAAAAAACAGAAGACCUUUGGGCAACGAUCGCAUGAAGGACCCCAAACACGGCCAAGGGUGCCUGUCUUACGGAAAAGAUGAUAAUGGGGGUUUUACGAGCGUGGCGUAUGCAUGCAGAGAGAUGACAAAAUAAGUAUAUAUAUUUAGUAAAUUCGUUUUACCGGGCAGACAAGUUUUAAUCUAUUGACAUAUAGCAACUGAAAUUAAGCAGGAUAAUUAAAAAAAUAAAUAUUACGUGUCUACAACGAUCGCUUUUAAACUCUAUGAGCUCAGUUCACUGUAAAUAAUGCAGCACACCGUCUACGACAGGCGACUCAAACUUGUACAAUGAAACACCAAUCCGAAAUAAUCGUGUCGGAAUUAAACCCACUUUAAUAAGCAUAGUAGGUACUCUUUGUAUGCCACAGAUGCUUUGGGUCCUUCACUCGCUUCAUGACUAAUUUCUACAAAUCCCACAUCCACUUUAAACAUAAGAAUUUGACAAAGACGUCUGUAUCAGUCAAGAAGCAGCAUCUGCAUUUCCUAGAUUUUGACAACGAUGAUUUUCAUUUUUAAAGGUAGUAUUGUUUGCCAGUAUUAUCGCAUGUGAUGAUUUCUCUAACAGGGAAGGUUACGUCAAGAUCGUCGAGGGCGAAGGCAUGCCAAUAUCAGAAACGCCAGAGAAGAGGGGAGACCUACAUAUCAAAUUCAAGUACAUCUUCCCCGAUCGGCUCACGCAAGAACAGAAGUUGGGUGUCGAGGCGGCCCUCUACCGGAACGGAGAAAUUCUCUCCUUUACCUAGCCACCUGGCUGCAAUUCUGUAAGCGUAUAUCAACGUAACGGUCGAUUUCAAGCAUAUUGUGGCUGACGAAUUAGAGAAGGACAUUUGUACUGAGACAACGAAUACUUUGGAAUUUAUGACCGGCGGUUGUGCCAGAAGUUAUAGCAGAUGGCCACAUGCUAGUGUUGCAUGCCUGGUAGUUCGAAGAGAGCAACUCGCCGAAUUUGUCGCGUGAGCUUGCGUGAAAACAGUUAUCUUGAAAUGAGUCUCACGGAGGAUGUAGCAGAUUUCUUGAAACAGUGGUAGGGGAGAUGUGCCAACACAAGAAAUGUUAACCGAGAUUCUGAAAUGUCUUGUCGACUCAAGAAAGAUUACUUAAUUAGGACUGUAAUAUUAUUCACCACGCAGCCUAGUCCCAAGAUAAUUCAGUUACUUCAGUACGAAGGCUGUCGAUAAAAACUAGACUAAACUAACUAACUAAUUAACUAAACUAAACUCUGUAAAAAAUGAUUACUUAACGUGGUUGAAUUUUUCUCACUGGUUGUCGAUGUCCUUAAACAUUCAAAUAUAUCUCGUAAAAGGCAAGUAUAAAAAUAUUCCUCCUUUUAUUCACUUGGUAGAAAAUAAAAGUACCGUGAAAUGCUCGUUUAUAAAUCCCCUGUCUCUGCGUUCAAUGAUAUUGCCUGUGAAGUCCUCAAUAUGGCUCAAAUUCACUGUUAACUUUUAAUGAACACGCAUGAUUUCCACUUAGAACUUUAGAGUAAUGUAAGGCUUUCCGUACACGGGAGAUAUACAGUUUGUGGUUUGGAGAUCUGAAUACAAGUAUAAAGGCAGUCGGAUUUAAAAUUACUCGAGAAUUGAAAAACGUUUUUUAAAACCGAAUCGCAUCCCUUCCUUCAAGUAUACAAUUUAAAAAGACGUAACUUUCUACAAAAUGGGUAGGAAAAUGAACACUUUCGAAUUCAAAUUUAUAAGAAAAUCGAACAUCAACGAGAAAAAGUCAUUUUGUUUAAGUGGGCACUGAAAAGAACUUUUCUCAGGAGGUUGCAUCUCGAAGUAACUGAAUUAUCAUGGUAUUAGGCUGCGCAGUAAUUAAUAUCUUAAUCGUACUGAAGUACUCUUUUUGAGUCGGCAAAAAUUUCAGAAUUUCGGUUAACGUUUCAUGUGCUAGUGCAUCUACUCUGUUAACAUUAUGAUUUCUGAAGUUCAGAAACUUAACGAAAACUUAUUCCUCAGUUUUUUACUUCUAACGAUUUCUAUUGUAAUAGAAAUCAGUGAGAGUUAUCGAUGAAAAGGUUGUCCCUCGAGGAUAAGCUUAGAAAAUCUGAAAACUCGUGUGAUUCGGUUUCCAGGGUGUAAUCUACGAUCCUCGGAUACAGGCUUUAAUAUAAAAAAGAAACAGAUCCGUUCAAAAUGAGCGAGAUUUACUGAUUCUCGACCAUAUGCUGGCAUAUUUGUUUUUAUUCCCAAUAAUUUAUGAUUUUCGAACGUAGAUAAAAACAAACGAAAUGCUUGAUCGCGUUCGCAGAUAAACGAGCUAGCCAUGAGGGCUUGCUUAUUAAUACCUUAUAUUUCAGUUCACUUCGACCUUAACCAUUUGUUUUUGAGGGGCCCCUAACAAUUGAGAUUAUGAGUGCCCCUCUAAAUGCCGGCUUUCGUAUAUUACUGAUAAUUAAAGUCACUUUUCAUAACUCUAAAAAGUCCGACCACUUCCGUCGCUCGUUAAUCUUUUUAAAAGGAAACUAUUACCCAACUUUUCAGACAUCAGUAGUUCAUCUUAAGAAUGCUUUAAAAUCAGUCAUGCAAAUGAACUGCGGUGUAGCAUAGUGCGUCAACUGGACUGUUACCUAGGUUUUGCGUGCUAAAAUAGUUAAUGCCCAUUGCAUUUGCUGCCAGCUGUGAUGAAUGAGCAACGGCCACCGUAUGUAGCCGACGACUUGUCCAAGAAAGUUUCUUUGCGAAAAGCAGAAAGUGCAUUAGAUUGAAGUCAACCUACCAGGCAGCAAAAAUAUGGGCCAUUUGCUAUUUUUGCAACUGUCAUUUCUGACAUGCACUCUCCAGCGGGUGUCCAACAGUUGAGACAAAUAACUAAAUAUAAUAAUAAGCCUGGAGUCGGCCUGAAAUUGGUUCAUUAUAGGCGAAAUUAAUUUGCAAAUUCUUUUUGAAGAAAUUUCAUCAGACAAUAUAACCUUGGCAUGUCCCUCUAGUGAAACAAAUGACAGUCUGCUUGGAUUCUAUGGGAGGAGUCGCAGGGCAAAAAAUGCACUUGACAAUAUGAUUAUGCAGGUAGAAUCCUCUGUGGUCCAAAAACAUAUCAAGAGCGGACGUCUAUCUGUUGCUGAAAGUUUUGCUUGCCUAGCAAAUGUGUUUGGCAAAAGGACACUAUAAUCAUAAUACAUUAUACUAUACUUUAGCACACUGUACUAAUGUAUAAGUAUCGUAUUAGCAUUAGAAAAAUUACGUACUGAUCACAUGGAUACCUCAUGUAAUAGGGCCUAUACAAAUCAUUCACGGACCCGAAUAAUCAACAGAAUAUUAAGUUUCAGCAGGCAUUUGGGAGGGAAUAAAAUGACGCAUUUAAUAUAAGUUGGCUGGUUUAGUUACUUCGAUUGUCAUAAAAAUGUAUAUUAUCGUGUUAUCCUAGUAUGUGUAAUUAAGCACCAUAGAUUGCUUUUUAUUUUUUUCUUAUUUCUCGUACGAUUAAUUUGUCUUCGAAAACCAGAACUGACAGCAGACUUUUAAAGCAAACCGUUUGUGCAUGUUUAGGCAAAAUAGGGGGCAGUCAUCAUGGAACAGGACAGUAGCUCCAAUUAGUAUUAGUAUUAUUUUGCAGGAAUGGCAGAAAUACAAACAGAUGAGAGUCAGCGACUCUGAAAUCGAGCCUUGAUUCAAACAAGAACAAUAUAUCCAACAUAAGGCUAAUGACUUCGAUCAUCCACCUUACCCUACAUAAUAAGCUACUGUUAGUACUAAUAACGAGAAACUGAUUUAUUGAUUGCUUUCGUCCGUAUUCCGCACUACAGAAUGUAUUAACUAAGGCCAUCUGAUCACCAAUAGAAAAACCAUAAGUCUGUCUGAUAUUUCGGACUCCAACAUGGGAAAGCAAUAGGAUGGGCCCAGUGGUGUGAUUGACCAAAUCGUGCAGUGUUUACAAGUCAUUUUAUUAAGGCCAGAGUUAGAAUUAUGAUCAGAGUAAGAGCUCAGGAUUAAGUUAUGGCAGGAGUUCGUUUUUAUGGUUUGUUUUAACUCAUGCAUUAAGAAUUUGGUUUUAGGGUUGGCAUCGAGGGCGACUGUCACGUCUAAGCAGAAUUCUAGGCAUAAAAUUUCAUAAGUAUUCUGCCUGCUUCCUCAGACUUUCCCCGUAACGCAAACUACAAAAAAUAAGUAUUUCAACCGUAACCCGCAGACCGGCCAUAAACCGUAGCACUAUAUCUAAGCAAAUCGCGCUAUAGUCCGUAAGCAUGCAUGGUAGGGAGUAAAUUCAUGACUCCACUGGGAGAUUCUCAAAGGCAUUUUCACCUCAUAUUUUUGGCCUAGAUAUCAGAGACAUUUUUUACUGAAAAAGGAGGCUCAAAAAUUAUUUUUUUAGACAUCACGAGCUGCAAGAAAUACGAUGUAAAUUUUAUUGUCCUUGAUUGACCCGUAAACCGUCAGCAUUGUCCUAAUCUUUAACUGCCGGGCAGGAGAAUUAUUUAAUAACCUGUCCAAAACCGCAGGCAUGAUCAUUCCACGAACUUCGUGGAAGAACCUGCUCAUUUGGUAACAUGUGGGCUGUUUAAUUGUGACUUUUUGUCAAUGGUUUUCCACAGAAUUAGUUUUGGUCAAAGGCAAUUCGUCCUUAACUACCGUUUUCUCACUGUCUUGUGCUGUGCUUUGAAUUUUUAUUUCGGUUUAAUGGUUAAACGAUAUAUAUUUUGCACCAGUCGCAUAAAUAGUACACACUGCAACAUUACUUUUUAGUUUAGUUUACAGGAUAUGUAUGAAACCUGUGUUUGAGGAUAAAUGUGCAGAUGAAUGCAAGACAUACGUUUGCGAAGGCUAGCAUCCGAAUUCAUAAUUUUAUGGUGACCAGAUGGAUAGGGCAUUAUCUAAUUCACCAGGGUAAUCGAGUAAACUUAUCUGUGUAGUGAAGUUUUUCUCAGCGAUUUCUCUUAAAUUUUGUCAAAAUAAAGUAUUAUUAAUAUAACAUAUUGUCGACCUAAACAAUAGUAUGUUUUGAUUAAUGUUGCGCUGUACCAACCUUCUCCAAUGCCUCAAUGACAUAUGUAUCCAACCGCGUGAGCCAUUUAUUUUGUGGUAUGGUCAUUUUGCAAUAAGAUUUUCUCCCCUGUACUCAGGUCAUAUUGAACGCUCCUCUUCGCAGCGGCACGCGGAUAGUGAUUUAUAAUUUGCCUUAAAUCCUCACGUUCCUCAUAUUGCAUGCAUUUAUAUGUGAAUGUACUAGUAUAUAUACCCUUCUUCGGCAGAAAUAGUAGUUUUUGGCUGUAUUGGACGUAAGAAUACAAUAAACACGCUUAUUGAUAAAUAACACGACAGUGUUGCUUCAAUAAGCUCUGUUACAAGAGCAAAUUAAUUUUAAAAUCGGUUUACUGCACAGGCCGAUCCCGCCGCUCUUCAAUUGUCAAAUUUUUUCAAAAAAUGUGAUAAAUUAAUGUACUUGAAUAAAAUCCAUUUUUCCAAAGUUUACUAUCGAGAAGCCCCAACUAACCUUCCCUUAUUUUUUCAUCCUCAUUUGAUUUGGGGCAUUUGGUAACGUUUUAUAAACUUGCUAACAGCUGUUUACUGAUUCCGAUGUAACUGACCAUUUUUCCAUAGACUUCAGUUCAGCUUUGAAAUUUUGCUGCUAAUCUGUUCGUCUCUUUAGGACUAUUACACGGGGUCAUGUUAAAUAAUUAAAAAACAAGCAGUGUUUAUGAUUUAUCGGUAGCUCCAGUGGUUACCGCUAUGUAUGCGAUACCAACUUUCACAGGUAACCGCAAAUACUCUUCACUCUGGUGAACAGAGUUCGACGUUACCUAUAAGAUGAAAUGUCAUUUGAAAUUUUUUCUGUAAAUUACAGUAACCCCUAGAGGCCAUAAAAUGCCUAGGAAAGGGAGAAGCCCGACCUAUGUUAGAUUGGUUAGUGUGACAUUCUCACUGACGUGAGACCCUAGCCACCUCCUUUUGUGUGAUCUGUGAGGUCCCCUUGAGCUACCAUAAGCUACUGGGUCAGCGCCUGUUAGCAACAGCAAAAGCGGCGGCCAUCAGGUUACGAAAACCUACCCUAUGCGACCAGAAGAACCUCGUUCAGGCUCGGCGCCUACCGUAGUCAAAGGCUGAAUAACCAGAUACAACUUUCUGCGACCUUCCGCUCUCGCCUAGCCUGUCUUUUAAAAACUAACAGUGUGCAAGCACUGUUAUCAGAUGAUUUAUUGGCUCAGACAUUCGGCGGGUACACAGGCGAGAAAAAUGCAUAAGGUUAACAGUUGAACAUAUAUCCUGAUGGAAAAUCAGCGCAUUCUUAGCUACAAUAAUUGUGAGUCUGUAGGACGUAGGUCGAGCGUUACCACCUUACGAACUAUCAAGCCUCUCAUGAUGAGAAGUUUGGGGCAACUGGCGGACAUGAGGUCAGAUUGUAAUGGAUCCGUCUGAAUGUGGUCUUUGUGAAAUUCCUACCCGGUCUUGUGUGUGGCACGCGUAGACGGCUAUUUGGCUUUGCCGACCACCAGGCCUUAUCCCACCUUCAAUUACUAGGAUAUUCACUUUCCAUCGGGGCCAGGUGAGUCAGAGAGACGAAACCGUGCAGUAGAUGCUGUGGAAAUCUAACCCACAUGCAGGUCAUUGGGUACUGCGCCCGCUCUGCGGAACAUGGUGUCGAUACCGUCAUUCCUAGCGGUCGAACUUCUCAAUGGUCAUGUGCCCUUGCCUAUUUAAAUACCAAUAGUGUUAUUAACCGCAAUGUAUACAAUUUGGCGUUUCUUUAUUCUGCACUACGAUGCGAUCAGGCAGUUUGAUUAACUGUCAAAAUAUCCGAGGUAUUUGGGCUUAACCGCAUAAAACGUCAUUCAAGUAGACACUGCAAUAAGAAAAACUUAACACAGUGGUGUCCUAGGCACAGAAAUAUAAAGGAGACAUAGUCAUUACGUUCUGUAUCAUUCCUCAGCUUCAUCCGCUUUCUGCACUUUCAUUUCAGGUCUUUCGAUUAA